UUAAACCAAAACUCAUCAAAUCAAAUGGCCAUCAUACCACUACUUGCCAUUUUGCUACUAAUUCUCCUCUCCUUCACAUUCCUCCUAUGGCGGCCUUCCAUAACUAGUAUUAUUAGGAACAAAAACUUCUCCAUGCUCGAAUGGCCGCUGCUAGGCAUGCUUCCCGGCCUCCUUUGGAACGUGUGGGCCGACGAUCUCCAUGGCUGCAUCACUAGAACCCUCAAAGAAAACGGCGGCACGAUCGUGUUCAAAGGCCCGUGGUUCGCCGACAUGGACUUCAUCGUCACCUGCGAUCCCAUCAACGCCCACCACAUCUUCAGCAAGAGCUACGCCAAGUACGGGAAAAACGAAGAUUUCAGAGCCAUGUUCGAGGUCCUGGGAGACGGCAUCUUCAACGUGGACGGCGAGUCGUGGAAGUUCCAGCGCCAGAUGCUCCAUUCCAUCCUCAACAACGAGGAACUACAGAACCACAUGACGACAACCCUCAAGCUGAAGAUGGAGGGCACCUUGUUCCCAGUUCUCGAUGCGAGAGUCGGAGCUGAGGUGGACAUGCAGGACGUGGCAAAGAUGUUCAUGUUCGACAACAUUUGCCUCUGGGUUUUAGGGUUUGAUCCAGGUUACCUGUGUGUGGAUGGGCGUUCAAAAACUUUCUCCUGUGGGAAAGCAUUCGAGGAAAUCGAGGAGGGGAUCAUAUACCGACAUAUAGUGCCCAAAGGUGUCUGGGAGUUCCAGAAAAGGUUUGAGAUUGGUUCGGAGAAGAAGAUAAGUCUAAGUACGAAGGUGUUGGAUGAGUUCUUAUACAAUGCCGUCAAGAUCAAGAAACAAGAGAUGGUGCACAAAGAGGAGCAAAGACAACAUCACGACAUCCUAACACAAUGGUUGUUGGCUGACCAUCAGAGUACAGACAAGUUUCUAAGAGACAUCGCGUUUACACUAAUUUCAGCUGGGAGGGACACCCUAUCUUCCACUCUGUCUUUGUUGCUCUGGUUGGUCGCGACCCACCCUGACGUUGAGAGAAAGAUUCUUGGGGAGAUCGAACGAGUAAUGAUAGUCAUGACUAAUAGAGGGACUUCGAGGUUUCUGAUCAGCAAGGAUGAUUUAAAUGAGUUAGUGUACCUUCAUGCCGCCAUUUACGAGACAUUGAGGUUGUACCCACCAUUGCCAUUCGAGCACCGAUGCGCCACUGAAGCUGACGUGCUCCCUAGCGGCCACAGAGUUCAUAAGGGAAUGAGGAUGUUGUUCUCCAUGUACUCCAUGGGGAGGAUGGAAGAGACAUGGGGGAAAGAUUGCACGGAUUUCAAGCCAGAAAGAUGGAUUUCAGAUGAAGGAAACAUAAUUCAUGUUCCGUCGCAAAAGUUCAUGACUUUUUUGACAGGACCUAGGACUUGUUUGGGGAAGGCGAUGUCUUUCAUGCUACUUAAGUUCAUGGUUAGUUCAAUUCUUUGGAACUACAAAUUUGAAAUGGUAGAGGGUCACGUCGUGAAGCCAACACCAUCCAUGAGCCUAUGA